GAGAGUGACGACAAUAACAAACAGCGGCAGCGGCUGCGCCAGGAGGACAGUAGCGGGGCUCGAGCGGCGCCCGGAGUCCCCCAAUCGCCCCCUUGGGUCCGGCGCUUUCCCAAGCUCCCGAGGGAGCCCCCGACCGCGCUCUGCUGGCUGCGGCCGGAGCCCAUCAGCCGGACCCAGCCGCAGUGAGGAGCCGCUGUUGCCGGUCACCGCACGAUGGUGCGCGGGGCCGCCUCGCCGCUGUGGAUGCUGUGUUCUUUCACUUGUACUGAUUUGGGUCUUUUACUCUCACUUUGAACAGUCAUGCCAUUCUGUUGCCAAAAUCAACUGAAGCAAAUGUGCACCUUAUUAUCCUGCCAUGUUUUAAAGAAGGUGGUAGCUCUGUAUAGCUCCUGAAGUUUCUAAAUGAUACUACCAAAGUGGAAGGUAUAAACUUCAGGAACACACAGAAGUCAUCAUGAAGUUAUAUGUAUUUGUGGUCAACACUGGAACUACCCUCACCUUUGACACAGAACUUGCGGUACAGAAUGUGUCUGACCUUAAACAUGCAAUCCAAACCAAGUAUAAGAUUGCCAUUCAGCACCAGGUGCUAGUUGUCAAUGGAGGGGAGUGUAUGGCAGCAGACAGAAGGGUCUGUAGUUACAGUGCUGGAACAGACACAAACCCAAUUUUCCUGUUUAACAAAGAGAUGAUCUUAUGUGAACGCCCACCAGCUAUUCCCAAAACCACAUUUUCAGCAGAGAAUGAGAUGGAAUUAAAAGUUGAAGAAUCUCUCAUGAUGCCUGCGGUGUUUCACACGGUAGCUUCGCGGACACAGCUUGCUGUGGAAAUGUAUGAGGUUGCAAAGAAGCUUUGUUCCUUUUGUGAAGGUCUGGUCCAUGAUGAACAUCUUCAGCACCAAGGCUGGGCUGCCAUAAUGGCCAAUUUGGAAGAUUGCACAUAUUCUUAUCAAAAGCUGCUUUUCAAGUUUGAAAAUGUAUAUUCAAACUAUCUGCAGUCCAUAGAUGAUAUUAAGCUGAAACUCACACACUUGGGGACAGCUGUUUCUAUAAUGUCCAAGAUCCCGCUGCUGGAGUGCCUAACCAGACAUAGUUACAGAGAGUGUUUAGGAAGAUUGGAUUCUUCUGUUGGGCAUGGAGGGGCAGAAAGUGAAGAAACCGAAGAUGAGAAGUCUGCUGAACUGGUGCUUUCUUCUGAUAUACCUAGAGUUCACAAUAAAUCACUUUUAGGCUCAUUUUGCAAGUCUGUGGAACAUUCAGCCCUGGACAGCACAGAUCCUGGAAAUGUCAAAGAAGAUAGGGAAUCCAGUCAAAACACUACUGUUGAGGACAGUAAAACUUCAGUGGAGCUUAACGAGACUGAUCUGCCUUCUUUCAAUGUCUCUCUGUUGGACUGGAUAAAUGUUCAAGACAGACCUAAUGAUGUGGAAUCAUUAGUCAGAAAAUGUUUUGAUUCUAUGAGCAGACUUGAUCCAAAGAUCAUUCAGCCCUUUUUGGUAGAAUGUCGACAAACUAUUGCCAAACUAGAUAAUCAGAACAUGAAGGCGAUUAAAGGGCUUGAGGACAGGCUUUAUGCAUUGGACCAGAUGAUAGCUAGCUGCAGCAGACUGGUAAAUGAACAAAAAGACCUUGCUCAGGGAUUUUUGGCUAAUCAGAAGAGAGCUGAGAACUUGAAAGAUCCUUCUGUGCUACCUGAUUUGUGUUUGAGUCAUGCAAAUCAGCUGAUGAUUAUGUUAACUAAUCACAGGAAACUGUUAGAUAUUAAGCAGAAAUGUACCACUGCAAAACAAGAGCUUGCAAAUAAUCUACAAGUCAGACUAAAAUGGUGUUGCUUUGUGAUGCUUCAUGCAGACCAAGAUGGAGAGAAACUGCAAGCCUUGUUUCGCCUUGUAACAGAGCUGCUAGAAAGAGUCAAGAUUGUAGAGGCUCUCAGUACCGUUCCUCAAAUGUACUGUUUAGCUGUUGUUGAGGUUGUAAGGAGAAAAAUGUUCAUAAAACACUACAGGGAGUGGGCUGGUGCUUUAAUAAAAGAUGGGAAACUUCUAUAUGAAGCUGAAAAGGCAAAAAGGGAAUCUUUUGGGAAAUUGUUUAGGAAGUCUUUUUUAAGGAAUCGUUUGUUUAGGGGACUUGACUCUUGGCCUCCAUCCUUUUGUACACGAAAGCCUCGCAGGUUUGACAGUGAACUUCCAGAUAUCUCAUUAACUGACUUGCAGUUUCUGCAGUCUUUUUGUCCUGCAGAAGUGCAACCAUUACUCAGGGUUCCCAUACUUUGUGACUUUGAACCUCUUCACCAGCAUGUACUUGCUCUACAUAACCUGGUAAAAACAGUACAAAGUUUGGAUGAAAUGUCUCAGACCAUUACAGACCUGCUGAAUGAGCAAAAGGUCUCCAAUAGUCAAGCAUCGCCACAAUCUGCUACUACACCAAGGAUGGAAAGUGCUAAAGGAACCACAUUUGCUACCUCUUCUAGAACUCCUCCAUCACUCAGUCUUCAGGGUCCCUUGUGUCCUCCUGUGUGUCCCCCAGCUCCAUUAGAUGAAUUGUCACCAGACAGCAUUGAUGCUCAUACAUUUGAUUUUGAAACAAUCGCUCAUCCAAACUUAGAGCAAGCCCUUAAGCAAGGGUCUUUAGACUUGGAUUCACUAGCAGAAAGUCCAGAGUCAGACUUUAUGUCGGCAGUGAAUGAGUUUGUAAUAGAGGAAAAUCCAUCAUCUCCUAAUAUAGUAAGUGAUCCGCAAAGUCCAGAAAUGAUGGUGGAGUCCCUCUAUUCUUCAGUUAUCAAUGCAAUAGACAAUAGACGUAUGCAAGACACAAAUGUUUGUGUAAAGGAGGAUUCUCUAAAUGCUCGCAAGGAGAAGUGUAGAGUUGUUGCACAGGAAUCACAGUUUAAUUUAAGAAACAUAAAAGAAGACCUCUGUCACUUUAGAACAUUUGUACAAAAAGAACAGUGUGACUUUUCGAAUUCUUUAAAAUGUACAUCAGUAGAAAUAAGGAAUAUUAUACAAACAGUAAAGCUUUCACUUGAAAAAGCACUGAAAGAUAAACAUGAAAAAGAAUUGCAAUCUUUGAAAAGUGAGUAUGAAACUAGAAUUGAUACAUUACUAAAAGAUGCUGAAGAAAACAAAAAAAAGAUUAAAAAGUUAACAGGAGACUUAAUAGGUCUUGAAGAAGUUUUGCAAAAUAAAGAUAAUGAAUUUGCGAUAGUGAAGAAUGAAAAAGAAGCUGUUGUUUGUCUGCAGAAUGAGAAAGAUCAGAAAUUACUUACAUUGGAAGGCCAAAUGAAAGAUCAGAAUUGGGAAAUUAAAGAACUGAGGCAGUCGCGUGAGAUGGUAUUGGAAGAUUUGAAAAAACUUCAUAUUGAAAAUGAUGAAAAAAUUCAGCUUUUGAGGGCAGAGCUUCAGAGUUUGGAACAAAGUCAUCUUAAAGAAUUGGAAAACAAUCUAGAAAUCAGGCAUACGCAGGAAUUUGAGAAACUAAUAGCUGAGCACAAGAAUUGUUUAGAUAAGUUAAAAAAAGAAAACCAGCAGAGAGUCGAACAAAUGCAGGAAUCUCAUGCAGCAGUUGUCCAAGAGAAGGAGCAACAGAUAGAGAAGUUAAAACUCAAAGUUUCUGAUCUGUUUGACGUGAGGUGCAAAUUAGAAGUUGAACUUGCACUGAAGGAAGGAGAAACUGAUGAAAUGAAGAUUUUGUUGGAAGAAAGCAGAACUCAGCAACAGGAGAUCCUAAAGUCCCUUAUUGAUAAGGAAACUGAAAAUUUAAGAAAGGAGUUAGAUAACUUAAACCAUAAGAUACAAGUUAAUGAUGAUGAAUAUCAAGUGGGCCUAGUAGAGCUAAGAACUUUAAUGACAAUUGAGAAAGAUCUGUGCAUUUCAGAAUUAGUGGACAGACAUGAAGAAGAAACAAAUGUUCUUAAAAUUGAAUUGAACAAAGUAACCGCUUUACAUCAAAAAGCUUUUGAAGCAGAAAAAAGUCUCAAAGAACAAAUAAUAGAACUACAGAGUAAGUUAGAAGUGGAAGCGAAUGCCCUAGAAAAGCAAAAAGAGGAAAAAUUGGCUGUGUGUGAACAGAAGGACAAAUUUGAAGCUGUUAUCCAUAAUCUUGAGAAGGAAAAAGAACUGUUAAUAACUAACCAAGAACAGGAAAGAAAACUACUUGUUCAAAAGCUCUGUAGUGAAAAAGAGGAUGCAAUACGAAUAACCCUUAAGGAGUUUGAAUUACAGAGGGAAGCUGUUGAAGAAGAACUCUUGGAAAAAAUACAACUACUUGAGAUGCAAGUAAAUCAGAGGUACUGUAAGAAUUAAGUUGUACUUUGUUAGUGAUCUAAAAAUAAGAUAAUUCAACAAUUUUUAUAGUGUACUGCAUUUACAAGGUAGUCUACAAUACACCACCUCAGUUCCUAGACAUUUAUGAUGCAGUUUAACUAUUUUGACUUAGAGUUUCAAACUGUUAAGACUCAUAGAUAACAUUUUUUUGCAUCAGUGGACUCUAUCUCAAGAUAUUUUGUAGAGAUAAGUUAAAUUACUGUUCCUUAACGUGCUGGAAAGAACUUCAAAAUGAGUAGUGGAUUUAAAACCAAGUUUAAUACAAGCUUUUAAAAAAAAGUCAGUGUCUGUAAUUAAUUAAUUUUAAGGUUUGAAACAUUUUAAAAUAUUUUCAAAAAAUAGGGCUUUUGAAUUUCAACUUCAUAAACUACUGAAAACUGUCACACAGAUCCUAAGCACAAGCAGAGUUUGAUAGAUUCAUUAUUUUAACAUCUCAACUUUUUAUCCUUGCGUUUGGAGUGUACAAUAUUAUCUUCUCGCCAUCUUGGCCAAAAAAAGACAACUAUUUAAAAAAAAAUUGGAGUAACUCAGGGUUGGUUCUAUGCAAAUUGUACAUCAUCCACGUUAGUUCACACAAUCUGCAAAGAUCUAGUUAUGGUGCUGGUCCACGGUGCAAUGGAAAUUUUAGAAACAGGUAUAUUGUUAUAUGGUACCUGAAAGCUGCUUUGAGAAACCAUAUUCCCUUUUUGGCAACCAACCACUCAUUUGCUGGCAGCAGAUAAACCUGCCACUUGCUAGCUGUUCCAUGAUAACUUACCUGAAAUAUAUCAUCUUAUGCCUCUGAAAGGAAGUUCGAGUGUGGCAACCAGAAAUUCAUUAGGUUUACAGAAAAAAGAGAUCAAAUGUUGUUUUUGUUUAAGCACUGUGCAAACUUCAUUUACUUUCAUAGUCACAUAAAUAUAACAGAGGGCAGUAUUUUGUUAUUUAUAU